AUGGCUUCUCAAAAAUUCGCGUCCGCGUUGGCGGAAAUUGAGUCGUCCAGCAGCCAACAAGCAAAACCGCAGCUCUACAGCGACCUGCUAUCGAAAAUCGUCACUAGCUCAUCAGGACACGAGCUAUCGCAAGACUUGAUCUACUACCUUGAUUCUGUCCUCAGUGAAAACGUCAGUAUCGUCGCCGCACGCACACUUCUGGACUCCUUCAUCAUCGUCCUCCGUGACCUCCCGCCAGAAAUCAAAAUCAAAGUCGGCCAACACGCCGUAUCCCUACUGCAGUCCCGAUCCGCCUCCGUUGAAGAACAAGACUCGAGCAUUCGUGAGCUACUCGCAGAUGCUUAUGAAGCAGAGGAGGAAUACAUCGCGGCGGCACGAGUUCUGCAAGGAAUCCAGCUCGACAGCUCCCAGCGCCUCAUCACCGACGCCGCAAAGACACGUAUGUGGAUCCGCAUCCUCCGACUGUACUUGGAAGAAGACGACACAACCAGCGCAGAGUCGUUCUUGAAUCGAAUCAAAAACCUUCCCAACAAAAUCGAAGACCCCGAGCUGAAACUACAUUUUCAGCUUUCACAAGCCCGUAUAUUGGAUGCUCGUCGUCGGUUCUUGGACGCAAGUCAGGAGUAUUUUAAUGUCAGUUUAGCAGUCGGGGUAGACGAGAGUGACCGGCUUCAAGCUCUUUCCGCAGCGAUUAUCUGUGCAGUUCUUGCUCCGGCUGGACCACAGCGAUCCCGCACUUUGGCGCGGUUAUACAAGGAUGACCGUGCGACCUCGGUCGACGUCUUUGCUAUUCUGGAGAAGAUGCAUCUCGAUCGGUUGCUGACGGCAGACGAAGUCGCUGCCUUUGCGCAAAAGCUACAGCCCCAUCAGCUCGCGAAGACUGCUGAUGGAUCGACGGUACUUGACAAAGCGGUCAUUGAACAUAACCUUGUCGCUGCUAGCCGGUUAUACGAGAAUAUCAAAACGGAUGCUCUGGGAACAAUUCUGGGUUUACAAGAUUCUGGCGAUACCACGGCGGGGGAGAAGGCUGAGGCAUAUGCAGCCCGCAUGGUGGAACAGGGCCGUCUCAAGGGCAGUAUUGAUCAGAUCGAGGGCAUAAUUUAUUUUGAUCUGGGUAUUUCGGGAGUUGGAGACGUAGGUACGACGGGCAGGAAUCUACGACUAUGGGAUGCUGGGGUGGAAACAGUGGCGGAGAGUGUGGAAAGGGUAGCAUCGGGGGUUUCUGAUGCUUUUCCUGAACUUGCCGCAGCGCAAAUGGCACACUGA